AAUUCAUAUAAAACUAGUCAACCCCACCCACCAAAUCGACACCGUAAUCCUCGUGAACAUCGUGACCGUUUUCUAUUCCACCUUGGGACCCACCGAAAUUCCAAUCACCGACCGCUCCGUCCAUCGUUAUUAGUUACAGUGCAAUUCCAAAACAUAAUCAGGAUCACCAUCCCAUCAAAUGGCAUGAUCAUAUCCCAUGUGGUAUAUCCAGCUACACCAUAUCAUCUCCUACAGACCGAUACCAGUAUAACACCCAACCUUUCCUAAAAAUUCCUCAACAUAGUAGUUCCACUGCUUAUUUUUCUCUCUCUUGUUUAUAGCAACUUCUCACUCCAUCAGUCUUUUUGUUCUGUUCAACAAUGUCUGAAAUGUCGUCCGCUAAAGGAACCACAACUCUCUUCUCUCCUUACAAGAUGGGCAAACUCAACCUCUCACACAGGGUGGUUCUUGCACCUAUGACUAGGUGCAGAGCACUGAAUGAAAUUCCAAACCAAGCCCUCGUUGACUAUUACGUCCAGCGAUCAACCGCCGGUGGAUUUCUCAUCACCGAAGGCACUCUCGUCUCUCCCAAAGCCGCCGGGUUUCCACAUUGCCCUGGGAUCUACAACAAGGAACAAGUGGAGGCAUGGAAGAAGGUGGUGGAUGCUGUCCACGCCAAGGGGGCCGUUAUCUUCUGUCAACUGUGGCACGUAGGACGAGCUUCUCAUCAAGUGUAUCAACCUGGUGGAGAACCGCCGAUAUCGUCUACGAGCAAGCCCAUAUCAAAGAGGUGGAGAAUACUGAUGCCAGAUGGGUCCCACGGGAUUUACCCCAACCCUCGACCACUGGCAACCUACGAGAUACCACAGUUGGUCGAACAAUAUCGUCAGGCAGCCUCAAAUGCAAUUGAAGCAGGUUUUGAUGGCAUUGAAAUCCAUGGGGCACAUGGCUACCUCAUUGACCAAUUUUUGAAGAAUGGGAUCAAUGACCGAACCGAUGAGUAUGGUGGAUCACUGGCAAACCGGUGCAAAUUUAUAACACAGGUUGUUCAAGGAGUGGUUGCAGCCAUUGGCGCUGAUCGAGUUGGUGUAAGAAUUUCACCAGCCAUUGAUCACCUUGAUGCAACAGACUCUGACCCGCUGAGCCUUGGCCUGGCAGUGAUCGAUAGACUUAACAAGCUCCAGCUAGACUUGGGCUCUAGACUCACUUAUCUUCAUGUAACUCAGCCUAGGUACACGGCUUAUGGUCAAACAGAAUCAGGAAGACAUGGCAGUGAACAUGAGGAGGCCCAGUUUAUGAGGACUUUGCGGAAGGCUUAUCAGGGAACCUUCGUAUGUAGUGGCGGAUUCACUCGAGAACUAGGAAUGGAGGCUGUUGCUCAAGGUGAUGCUGAUUUGGUGUCAUAUGGUCGCCUUUUCAUCUCAAACCCUGACUUAGUUUUGAGAUUCAAGGUCAAUGCACCCCUCAACAGGUAUAUUAGGUCUACUUUCUAUACCCAAGAUCCUGUUGUAGGGUACACUGACUACCCUUUUCUGAAGGGAAAUGGAAACCAUGAAUUAUUGUCACGCCUCUAAUUGAAAUGUGUCACAUUAUUGACUAUGCAUUUGGAUAUCUUGUAUUUGUAGGCUUAAGCCUAGAGCUUAAUUGUAAUGAACAUAUUUGCUUGAUCAGAAAUAAGAUAAGUAUAUUGAAUGCGUUUGAUGUA